AUGACCUCAAACUCACAUUCAAGGUCAAGAUCUCGUAAUGAAAGUAUAUCAAUAGCGAUAUCGACUUCGGCGGCAAUUCGUUCAUCAUCACCUUCACCCGUUGCAUCACCUUCAUCACCUACACCGGAUGGAUUAUCGAGAAGAUCAUCUUGGAACCGAUCAAGAGAAGAAAAUAACUUGAAUACUUUUUUACAGAAUCCUCAUUCUCAUUCUCGAGGUCAUUCUCGAGGUCAAUCCUACUCAGAUGGAUUGAACACACCUUCAAGAACACAUCUAAUAGAUCCAAGAUACGAAGGUGGAACUGAACCUGGUACAGAAGAAAGAGAUAUAGCUUAUGCUGGACCUGGUCCUUACAAUAGUAGCGAUUACAAUAAUACUGGUAUUUGGGGAAAUACAUAUUCCGUUUCUCAACCUCAAUUUCAAACAGAUCAUCCUCUGCAAGAUAGAGAUUUGGAAGGAGACGAAGAUUUGAUCACUCCAAUAGGAAAUCUUGAUCAUACAAGGAGAAAUCUACCUUUUUUAGGUAAAUAUGAUUCUGAUAUUUCAUUAGAUGGGAUUGCUCAAGCUCAAGGUCAAGGUCAAGGAGAAAGUGGAGAUUCAUCAUCACAUUCUGAUCUUUCACUUCCGAGAAAUGGAGAUUCAUUUGCAGAAGAUAGAGAAAGAUUAACUCCUGGACAAACAUAUGAUUACCCAAAUUCAAAUCCUAAUUUAAAUCCUAAUUCAACUUCCUCCUCGAGAAAUAGUCCGGGAAAUAGGAAAGCCAAUUCACCUGGGAUAAGGAGAUCACCAGGUAAGAGAGUUUAUGAUGAAAAUGGAUUAGCCAGAUCGAAUACAUUAAGGAAAGUUAGCAAAUCGUUGAGGAAAGCAAGUGUUAGAGUAGUCAAUAUAAUGGGCAUUGAUAAAUCACCUCAAAAAGGUCCAAGUGGUAUAGAAAGAUUAGGAAGUGAUGACGACGGUGAUGAUGAUAAUGAUGAAGAAGACCGACAUGAUGAAGAAGAUAAAUCAGGGGAGGUAAUUGGUUUAGGUAUAAGAAGUGGGAAUGAAUUUGUUGGUGAUGACAACAAUAAAUUGAGACCUGAUCCGAAACCACCAGAAAAAGGUUUAAGAGGUAAAACAUUAGGUGUUUUCAGUAAGAAUAGUAAAAUUAGAAUAGCAAUGGACAAGUUGAUGAGGUACUCCUGGACUGAACCCGUCAUCCUCAUUUUGAUCAUCACCAAUGUCGUCGUAUUGGCUAUACAGUCGGCACCUGCGAGGAAUGUGCCCAGAAUUGACGAUGGGUAUUUCCAGACAUGGGUGGAUUAUGUCCUUCUAGCAUUAUUUUGUAUUUUUACACUGGAAAUGUUCGCCCGGAUAGUAGUCACAGGCCUUAUUCUCGAUCCCGAUCGAUCACUUCGUGAUUUCCUUUUCUCGCCCUCUGGUGUGAUCCCGACUGUUCAACGGCGCGUCGGAAGAGCUCAAACUGAUCUCCAAAGAAAUCUAUCAAGGUCAAAGAUGUCUCAUAGAGCAGCAUGGCGAUUCCACAGCGAUUCAACAAACAACGGUAGACCGUCAAAUAGUGGUGGUGGCGGUAGAUCAAUGACAUUAUCAACGAGACCUAAAGAUGAUCCAAAAAGGGUCAUACCAGUAUUACCUGAAGCACCAUUCCAAAAAGCGGUUGCGAAACAAAAAGAAUUAUCAAAACAAGGAAGACCCUACCUAAGACAUUCAUGGCAUCGUAUAGAUCUAAUAGCAGUCUUAUCAUUCUGGAUAACAUUCUUUUUGGCUAUAUCAGGAUAUGAAGCCACAGCCAACAGACAUGUUUAUAUAUUCAGAGCUUUAUCCGUUUUAAGAGCAGGUAGAUUACUAGUUAUCACUAGUGGUACAACGACGAUUCUUCAUUCGUUGAAAAGGGCGGGUCCAAUGUUAGUUACCGUAGCUUAUUUUUUGAUUUUCGCCGCUGGAAUAUUUUCGAUUAUUGGUGUUCAAUCUUUUAGAGGUUCAUUCAGAAGAUCUUGUGUUUUAACAGAUCCAAAUAAUCAAACGAAUCAAAUUACCUUAAGUCAACAAUGUGGUGGUUUUUUGGAUUCAUCAACUUUAGCUCAUAUCCCUUACUUAGACUUGGAUGGUACACCUUCCAGUAUAAGUCCCAAAGGUUAUAUAUGUCCUCUAGGUCAAGUCUGUAUGACUACCGAUGAUAAUCCAAAUAACGGCGUCAAUGGGUUUGACAACAUAUUCCAAUCAUUGGUGCAAGUUAUUAUCAUCUGUUCGAUCAAUACUUGGGCACCAGUGAUGUAUUCCGCCAUGGACUCCGACUUUUUCAGCUCAUCAUUCUACUUCCUUGCUGGAGUAAUAGUGCUCAACUUCUGGCUGUUGAAUUUGCUCGUCGCUGUGGUUGUCAAUACGUUCUCCGAUAUUCGUGCCGAAACCAAAAGAAGUGCUUUUGGAGGUGAUGAAAGCUUGCUUGGGACAGAUCCUCAAUGGUCAGCAGAGAGCAAACAACGUAAACUGCACAACUGGGUCUUAACGAUAUACAAAAGGACCGAAUUGUUCUGGGUCUUGUUAGUGUUGACUGAUAUGAUCACACAAGGGACAAAGACAAGUGAUUCUUCUGUUAGUAUGAUUCAGCUGCUUAAAAACCUGGAAAUUGCAUUUACGCUGGCAUUCGACGUCGAAAUCAUCAUUCGCAUAGCGGGUCACUUCCCAGAUUGGAGAUCCUUCUUUCUAGGUGGACGAAAUUGUUUCGACCUCUUCUUAGCUGUGGGAUGUUCUAUCAUCAUAAUUCCCGUCAUUUCGAAAGGUGGUAUAUAUCCUUGGUUAACGAUCUUCCAGUUACUGAGGUGGUAUCGAGUCAUUCUAGCUUUCCCAAGAAUGAGACCUCUUUUAAAUACUUUCUUUGGUAGUUUCGCGGGAUUAUUGAACAUGGUAGUUUUUCUAUUCUUGAUGAUUUUCCUUAGUGCCCUGAUGGCUUUACAACUUUUUCGAGGCGAUUUGGAAGAAGGAGCAUUGAUCACUUUCUCUCAAACUUUCAACUCUUUUCUGGGAAUGUACCAAAUCUCAUCGUCUGAAAACUGGACCGAUGUUCUUUACAGUGUCAUGGGGUUUGAGAGCCAGUUUCGCCAAAAUUGGAUCUCUGCGAUCUUCCUUUGUGGAUGGAUGUUGUUCUCCUACUUCAUUCUCGUCCAGCUCUUCAUUGCUGUCAUCAACGAAAAUUUCGCCAUUGCGGAAGAGCAGAAACGCAAGCAACAAGUGGAAGCCUUCAUUCGGAGGGCAGAACCUCAAUCAGCCCAUAUAAGUUGGAUUGAUCGAUUGAACCCUUACAGAUUGAUGUCUGCUCGACAUAACGCCGUCAAAGUUGGAACUCUACCACCAAACUUGGUAUUACCAUUGAAGCAGAACAUCGGAGCGGAUGUCGGUGGCGUAUCAAACUCUGACGUGGGCGCUUGGGGUGAUACCGCUGGAGCUAAGGGAGCUAUGAGAAGAUUGCUUGGGCGUGACAAGGAAGAAUCAUCUAUUCCACUUCGUAACCUCCGACGGCACACUGCGCCAAAAUUCGAGGAUCUUGACGGUGAUAUGGAUGAUGAUAUGGAUGAUGAUCGAGGAUUAACCGAUCUACUUCCCCCUCUGAAUGCUGGUCCAUCUACAGAUGAACAUAUGGAUGCUUUGCGAGAACGUCGAAAUCAGCAGGCAGAUUUCAUUGCUGCCCAUCCAAGUUUUGAUCAAUCUCUAUGGAUAUUCAAGCAAAACAACCCAAUUCGACGAUUCUGUCAAGCGUGUGUUCAACCUGCAUAUGGUGAUCGAAUAUUUGGUCGACCGGCCCAUCCGAUCCUCCAAUUAGCGUUGAAGGCUAUUGUAUUCAGUGCAGUGGUAGCUAGUAUUGUCGUUGCGGCAGUUGCGUCACCUGCUUAUCGUCGAAAUUAUUAUGGUCAACAUGGAUAUAUUCGUGGAACAUGGUUUGACCUCACUGAAGUCGCCUUGGGAACGGUUUUCAUCAUCGAAGCUGGAAUCAAAAUCAUAGCAGAUGGUUUCAUGUUUUCUCCCAACGCUUAUCUAUUAUCACUUUGGAACGUCUUGGAUUUCAUCAUCCUCAUCACCCUUCUAAUCAAUACGACUACAUCACUGAUAUUCAUUGGUGGUCUGAGUCGGGUCACACGAUCAUUGAAGAGUUUCAGAGCUUUGAGACUGAUCACUCUUUUCUCGAGAUUGAGGGAUACACUUCACGCGGUACUCUUCGCUGGGGCAUUGAAGAUUUUGGAUGCAUCCAUAUUAAUGGUUCUUUACCUGAUUCCCUUUGCUGUUUGGGGUCUCAACAUCUUCUCUGGCUUGCUAUUCUACUGCAACGACGAUGAUGUGUCAGGAAAAUCCACCUGCAUAAACGAAUUCUCAACCUCUUCGACAGAUGAUUCGCUUACAUACCUAGUACCUAGAGUUUGGGCCAACCCCGCUCUUGACGCCUCAGUAUGGGCUUUUGACUCUUUCAGAGAAUCCAUUUUGAUCUUAUUCGAGAGUGUCUCACUGGAAGGUUGGAUAGACGUAAUGUCUUCUUUGAUGAACAUUGUGGGAAAAGAUCAACAACCUCAAAGUAUGGCUUCUCAAUGGAACGCAAUAUAUAUGCUCAUCUUCAAUCUGUUCGGUGGUGUUAUUAUAUUGACUCUUUUCGUCAGCAUCAUUAUCCAGAAUUUCAGUACGAGAUCUGGUAAUGCCCUGCUAACAACAGAACAAAGACAAUGGGUGGAUCUAUCUAAAUUCAUCAAAGCUCAAACACCGUCUCAAUUACCAAAAGGUCGUCCUACUUUACCUUUCAGAGCAUGGUGUUAUGAUCGUGCCACGACCAAAGAUGGUUUUUGGGCAAUCACCUUUACCUGGAUAUACUACCUUCACAUCCUACUAUUGAUGAUGCAGGAUUUCUCCAAUAAUAUCCUUACAGACGUACAACUGGAUGUCAUCUUCCUUUGCCUAACUGUGCUUUACGCCAUCGAUCUACUUAUUCGAUUUUACGGCUUAGGCAUAAUGUCGUUCAAGGCUAAUGGAUGGAACAUUUUCGAUGUCAUUGUGAUCACCGGAAGUUUCGCAACCACCAUUCCAGCAUUACAAGUAGCAGGUGCAGGAUUACCAGGCAAUCAAGUGAAUGUUCAACUGCAAAAGCUGUUCCUGGUUCCUAUAUCCCUUAAAUUGGUUCAAAGGAUUAGUUCUUUGAAUCAACUUUUCAAGACUUCAGUAGCGAGUUUACCUGCUAUUGGAAAUUUAUUCCUUCUAUGGGCAACACUGUUCAUUUGGUUUGCGAUAAUGUAUCUUGAGGUGUUUGGUCUGACGAAAAUGGGUAAUAAUGCUGGAACAAGAUUCCAGAAUUACUAUUCAUUCGGCAACGCUCUGAUCAUGCUGGCUUUCAUGUCCACUGGUGAGGGAUGGAACGGUUAUAUGCAUGACUAUACUAUAUCACCACCUCGAUGUACGGAGAACAGUAAUUUCCUCGAGUCAGAUUGUGGUAGCGCACCGGGUGCAUAUACCCUCUUCAUCAGUUGGAACAUUGUAUCAAUGUAUAUCUUCUUAAAUAUGUUUACUGGUGUGGUGGUUGAAUCUUUCGCAUAUGUCUACCAAAUGCCAGGGAGGUCUUCGCUCAAUCGAGAGGAAAUGAGGGCAUUCAAGCGACUUUGGGCAGAUUUUGACAUUCAACGUACUGGAUAUAUCAAACGUAAAGAUUUUGUCCGGUUCUUCUCUCGUUUAACGGGUGUAUUUGAAGUUCGAACGUAUCCUGCCGAAUAUAGUAUACCCAACAUGAUACACAAUGCUCUUCCUGACCCUAUCGAUAGUGCCUCUGGAAAAUCAUUUGUGGUUACAGGAGUCAAAAAGGCAGUUGAUAUAAGGAAAAUAGAACAUCAAAUCACACAGAUCGAUUAUCGAAAAGUUAGAGAAAGACGGCAUUUAUUCUCCCGACUGUAUAAUGAAGCUAAGAUAUCUGAAGAACCUGGACGAGGAAUUAGUUUCACUUCUAUGUUGAUGAUGUUAUCUCACUACAAACUGAUUGAUGAUGAAAAGGCGCUACAGCUGGACGACUUGCUCGUGCGACGGGCUAAGACUGAAAGAGUAACGGAUCUCGUCAAUCUAGAUCGAGUGAGAGGCUUACUGAGGACGAUAUACUGGAGAAGAAGAUUUUUGGCUUCGAGAGAUGAAAGAAAGCGCACCCUUAACGCUGAGGCUGAAGGUAUUCCGGCUAUUGUGCUUGAACCAAUGCCUGCAACUCCACCAUUAGAUGAAUUCGAUCGAAAUCCUUUCCAUGAUUCAUCUCGCAACCGUUCACCUCAACGUGAUGUUUCACCUUCACCUCCUCAUUCAAGAAUAUCAAGUCCCACCCAAUCUACAGAUCUACAUCACAAUAUCGCAUCUCAUCCACUCUCACCGGAUGUGUCAUUCCAUGCGUCUAACAAUCGACAUUCACCCGCUUUGUCAGUUGGUAGCAGCGCUGCAAGACCUAGUCAUCAAUCUAGACCAUCAUUAGGUAGACAAACUUCUAUUGGAAGUAUGUUGUCUUCUGAAGACGCUCAUUAUAGACGUGAAUCGCCCACUCCCACAGAGGAAAUACAAGAUGAAAAUUACUUUGAUUCAAUGGCAACUUCAGUCUGGGGAGAUAUGAUGCGUGAAGCAGUUGAUAAGGAGGAAACUUGA